CAAUAGGAGUUGUGGGCUAGCCGGGGGGGAUUUUUUUGUUCAAAAUAAUUAGGGAGGGGGCCAAUACUAGCUCACGUUCAGACGUUUUCUAUUUUCUUUCACAUGGGAAAGGAAAUGAUCGACGUCUCGACACGCAUGUUGCUAGUACACGUGACCCAAAAGAGACGCAAGAUGCGUAGGAGGUUACGGUCUUGCGUGACCGACCCACUGGGGGAGUGUGACAGGGAACGAAUCGCCUUCCAUUUUCACUGGCUUACCAAUUUCAUCGAGCGUUUUAUGUCAUGGAUCUCCAGUCAUUUAAGUCAUGAACAGUACAAACUGUGCUUCUAUUUCCUGAUUCUAUUCCUCUGGUAUGCUGCAGCAUCAGUACACGUUUUAGACUCUGGCUCUUCCGGGACGAGUCUCGGCAGAAAUUCAUACCAGUGACAAAUAUUAUCCAGUUGACUCUGUUUCAUUUGACAACAACAAUUGUAGAAGAUGCCAAAUCCUCCCCAGCACUAGUUUUAUUUGCAUUUAAUGUUAUAUUUAUUUUUCUUUAUUUCCUUAAGCUUAGGCGCUCACUAUCGUGACUGUUCACGAUAUGCCUCCAAGAGAAGCGGUCAUGGAAUGUGUGGAAUGUUUCGCAACAUCUUCAUACGUAGGAUAAAUGAAAUACGAUCAAAAGUUUCAGCAGCGUUGCAGCGGGUUUACGCACGCGUUAAGUCUAUCAUGCAACUCUGAAUUACAACACUGUCAAACUGUUGGAUUGCAGCGUCUCAAGACCUAAGGCGGACGUUGGCGGCAACUUCUCUUCUGAAGAAGCAAUAUACGUCAAUGUUGUGAGUCACUUCGAUCGCUUCAGCAAUCGAGAAUUCGUACGACUUCCGCCCAUUCCAUAUUAGGAGUUCGGGUCAAGGAAGAUGCUUUGGAAGUGAUUUUCGUGCUUGCAGGAUUGCGAAGGCCUUGGCUUGAUUUUAAUUCCUAGUGGGUAACCUUACUUGGACGUGCAACGCGAGAACCCCAAAGGACAGGAUAUAUUUUGGAUCGACAGGCAAUGCAUUCUCAAGAAUUUGGGAAUGAUGAAGCCAAAUCAAGUGAUCCUUUGGCUGUUGUGGCAAUAAUUCCAGAAAAAGUCCCACACAAUGGAAGGGAGCAAAUUGUGAUUGCUUUUAACAAGCGAAUACCUGUAAAAGGAAGAGGUCAAUUUAUGGUUGACUUUGUGGGAACAGCUGGUGCAUUGCAAGUCCCUGCCAGGCAAUUGAACAGUUCUACCUUACUUGUGGAGACUCCAGAGUACCCUAUAGCAAGUGUUGUGACAGCACAUGUCUAUCAAGGGAUUCAUCGCCGAUUGUUAGGGCAGCAUACGUUUGAGUUUCUUUCACGGAACGACGCAUUUUACAGACUGCUGUAUGGAGCGCUGGAUCCUGUCAAGUUCAUGUGUGAAUCUCUAAACAUUUCACCAGCUGAACUCCAAGGUUUAGAUGUUGCUUUGGCAGAGACAUUCAAAGCAAAUGCUCCAGAAGGAUUUAAUUUGCUUGGCAUUCAUAAAGACGUAGCAGGUGAUUCCACUGCCGAACAUCCAACUUUGCUUCACUUUGCAUCAGAGUUUGGAUUAAGCAGGCUUAUCAGCAACCUUUUCCUUUUUCCUGGAGCUCAAGAAGCUUGCAAAAUUAGGAACUAUCAUCGUCAGUGCCCAUAUGAGAUUGCAGAGGCUCAUGGGUUCCGCGAUUUGGCUAACACACUGUGCACUUUCCUUGACCAAGGAGAUCCAGAUCAGAUUUACACUGACAUGGAACAUGGAGAGGGAGAGUAUUACACCAGAAUGCAAAAGGGUGAUGGUUCCUAUAUUUAUGUACCCAUGGAGGAAGAAGGUCAUGGGCUUUAUGUAGAAAUGAAUGGAAAGAAAUACAUUAAUCUUGACAAAGAUGGAGAGGGAGAGGACGUUUACGUGAAAAAGCAAAGUGAGGAUGGUUCUUACCAUUAUGUGCCCAUGAAAGGCAACACAGGCGACUUUUGUAAGAUAUAUGAAGAAACUACAGACAGAAGGCUAUGUCCCCAAGUUCAAAACCAACCUGAAUCUGAUCAGUACACUUCAGUGGACUCUGAAAUAUACCAAAACUAUGAAGCUGGAACUGCUUCUGAUGGUCAGGAGGUUUAUGAAGACAUGGAGAGAAAUCCUGAAGGGCAAGACAAUCCAGAAGAAUUGUAUACAUGUAUGGACAUGGAUUCAACAAACCAAAUGUCAAACCCGGAACAUUUUGGUUAUGUUAAACCAAGAUCAAACUUGCCGGUCAAUCCUGAUCCAGCCUUUUACCGGUCUGCAAGUAAUGCUGCUGCUGUGAGAGCCAAAGAAAUUGAAAAUGAGAGAAAAGUCCGGUCCUUACCACCGUCAAAAGGUGCAAUGUCUUCUUUGGAUUUAUUACAAAGUACACUGCAGCAAAAUGUAGCAGAAGGAAAUCUCACAGAAGAAGAAGUAGCUAAAUUAAUGAAGAAAAUGAGGAUCUCAGGGGCUGUUACGGGACCAAAAAGCUCCUCUCUCACUCCAAGACGAGGAUCAACCAGCUCAAGAAGUUCCACUUCAACUACAAGCAGUAGUGGAAGCUAUAGUAGUGGAAUAAGCUCAGGACAUGAGUUCACCCAACAUCCAGAACGUGAUGGAUACUACAAGGAAGAUGAAGAAAUACAUGGCAAUCUUCAAGAUCUCUUUCCACAAUUGAAACAGUCAGGAAAGAUUUGCAAUGAUAUUCCCCCUCCUGUCCCUCAACCAGACUAUGAUAAAGAGGAGAAGACUGCAAGAAGCUAUGGUAAAAGAAAGGAUCAUUCAAGGUCUAGAACAACACCUGUUAAUAGGGAAGAUAUACAGGCUGGAUUAUCUAGUACUUCCACUCCACCACAAACAUUUGCUCGACGAAGAAGUGAACCCCCUCCUACAGCAGGUUCAGGUUUAGACGUCCAGUCAAAGCUAUUGCCAAAAACAUAUCUACCACAACCUUCAGAGAGACCCCCUGCCCCUAUCCCAGAAAGUGAAUCCUCACGACCUCCAAAGAGUCCUCCUGCACCUGCACCUACUCCACGCAGUAAAAUGCCACCAAUGGGAAUACCAGUCUUUCCAGAGGGACCAGCUCCUCCAACCCCUCAAAGAGUACUACCUCCUUCAACUCUUCAAAGAGACCAACCUCCUCCAACCCCGCAAAGGAUACCAAGGGCUGCACCUCGUGGCACCUCAAAAUGAACAUCAAGUCUACUUUUGUUGAAAGCAUCUUCAGUGAUUAUAUUUAGGUGCACCUCAUGUGUAAAUUGUGUAGCACAUGUUAAAGUUUCUACAUGCUGUUGUAAGUCAAGAAAACAUUUUAUAAAAAUACUGUAGUUGUAGUCAGGCAUAGUAAUAAAAUCUUAAAAGUUGUUGUCACUGACUUAAAAAUCUUAAAAUA